GUUUACUGCGACCUCACUCGUGCAUCAUUCUGUCUACAACAUCAUGGCCGAGACAGGAAAUAGUUCCAAGUCUCCAGAUCAAGUCUUUACUUCAGCAGACCGCAUACGGCAGCUCAACGAGAUUGACAAGGAUGUCGCUAAACUCAUUCACUCCGCCGGCCUGGCAAUUCAAGCUCUCACCAACACCCGAACUACCGAUUCCCCUCAAGAGGACAAUUCCUUAGCCUCCCACAAGACACGAUUCAAAGAAGCAACAUCGCAGUACUUUGCCCUUCUCUCAUCUAUUGAUGUCCGUCUGCGACGACAGGUGUACGCGUUUGAGGAAGCUGGAAUUCUUGCGCCGGAGACGGCGGCGACGGCGACAAACCCCCGAACAGGCGAGUUGGCGGGAGCCGCUGCGGCAGCUGCGGCAGCCUCGUCGAACCCAUUGGACAUUAGUUGGCUCAACAGCCGGAAGGACACAGUCGGAAAGGACAAGGAGGCGGAGCUGUGGGCUGCAGCAAGGGAAUUUGCCGAGCAGCUCACCCUGCACAAGCCUUCGUCAGCACUUGCGGGGCAGGAAGCGAAGCCGGAGGAUGAACGGGAGGACAUGGAUGUGGAUUGAGAGAGCAGUUGGAAGAAGGAAUACUUGCGUACCUGAGCUCAAACAUGAUCGACCGAUUGACUAUUGCAUAGUGGUGUCGAUGGUGGGAGAAAUGUCGGUGGCCAUCGAGCGGACGAUGGCUUGCUGGAAAGACACGAAUUUAUGAUACCCAAGCUUAUAUAUGCAAUUCUUUUGAAAUUGCAAGACAGUUACUUUGG